AUCGUUUGUUGGUUGAUGAUCGGCGAAUUUACUUUUGUCACUUUAGCUCACCAUCGUAACAAAAUAUUUGAUUCUUGUCGUAUUACUUGAAAUCAGUAACAAUAUUCUCUAUAUCGGAAUUUUUAAUCUAAAAUCAUAAAAUGCCGAGUCAGGAGGUAGUGACCACAAAAGUGGUUGUCCAUCCUUUGGUGUUACUUAGUGUCGUAGACCAUUUCAAUCGUAUGGGUAAAAUUGGUAACCAAAAGCGUGUCGUUGGAGUUCUUCUUGGCUGUUGGAGAGCAAAGGGAGUGUUGGAUGUAUCGAAUAGUUUUGCAGUUCCCUUUGAUGAAGAUGAUAAGGAUAAGUCUGUAUGGUUCCUUGAUCAUGAUUAUCUGGAAAACAUGUAUGGAAUGUUUAAAAAGGUGAAUGCUCGUGAGAAAGUAGUAGGCUGGUAUCACACUGGCCCCAAAUUACAUCAGAAUGAUGUAGCAAUAAAUGAGCUUAUCAGACGGUAUUGUCCUAAUUCUGUCUUGGUAAUUAUUGAUGCUAAGCCUAAAGACUUAGGCUUGCCUACUGAGGCAUACCAAGCUGUAGAAGAAGUUCAUGAUGAUGGCAGCCCUACAACAAGGACAUUUGAACAUGUACCCAGUGAAAUUGGAGCUGAAGAAGCUGAAGAAGUGGGUGUUGAACAUCUACUAAGAGAUAUAAAGGAUACAACUGUUGGCAGCCUUUCCCAACGAGUUACAAAUCAAUUACUUGGUCUUCGUGGACUUCAUUCGCAACUGAGCGAAAUCAGAGAUUAUCUAGUCCAAGUUGGACAAGGCUCCUUGCCCAUGAACCAUCAAAUUAUUUAUCAAUUGCAAGAUAUAUUCAAUCUAUUGCCUGAUAUAUUUAGCGAUAGUUUCCUUGACAAUUUAUAUAUUAAAACAAAUGAUCAGUCUCUUGUAGUCUAUUUAGCUGCUUUAGUAAGAUCAAUUAUUGCCUUACACAACCUCAUAAAUAAUAAAAUUACAAAUAGAGAUGCAGAAGAAGGAAAGAAGGAAGACAAUAAAGACAAGAAAGAGAAGAAAGAUGAAAAGGAUGAGAAGAAGGGUGAUGAUAAAACGAAAGAAAAAAAAGAUAAAGAAGAGAAAAAGAAGUAAUAUGGAAUCAUCAUUAGUCUAAGUUGUUUGUAACACUGAAUUAUUUUAAUAAAUGGUAUUUACUAAUUUA